AUGUUUGAUGAUCAUGUGCAGGAUUUAAAGCUGCAGCUUUUAUGCAUUGUAAAUGAUAUGACUGAACACAGCAUCGAACUUGCAGCUUUACAUCCUGCACAUCAAACAUGUGCAGGAUACUAUAGACAAACAUACUGGAGCGAGUCUAAUUACAUUGAAGAAAGUACGAAAGACAACAGGAUCUCUUUGAUCUUUACCCUGAAAGAAGAAGUUGGAGCACUGGCCAAGGUCUUACGCAUAUUUGAGGAGAGAGGUAUUAGUCUGACCCACAUAGAGUCCAGACCUUCCAGACUCAACAAAGAUGAAUACCAGUUCUUCAUUAACUUGGACAAUAAGAGUACUCCAGUCCUGGAUGAUAUUAUGAGAUGUCUGAGGCAAGACAUAGGAGCUACUGUGCAUGAACUGUCCCGAGACAAGAAGAAGGAUGCUGGUGGCCGCUCUGCUUUUUUGCUUCAUGGCGGUUUGUCCUCCACAGCGCCCGUGCUGCAAGAGAAACAUGUCAUUGCAAUCCCUUGGUUUCCAAGAACCAUUCAAGACCUUGACAAAUUCGCAAAUCAGAUCCUGAGCUAUGGAGAAGAACUUGAUGCAGAUCAUCCCGGCUUUACCGAUGCUGUUUACCGAGCCAGACGUAAAGAGUUUGCGGACAUUGCAUUUAAUUACAAACAUGGUCAACCUAUUCCAAGUGUUACUUACACAGAGGAGGAAAAAAAGACUUGGGGAACAGUAUUCAAAGAGCUGAAAUCACUUUACCCCACGAAUGCUUGCUACGAACAUAACCACGUGUUUCCUCUGCUUGAAAAAUAUUGUGGAUAUAAUGAAAAUAAUAUUCCUCAACUAGAAGAUGUCUCCAAAUUUCUACAAACUUGCACUGGUUUCCGUUUACGUCCUGUCGCUGGGUUGCUGUCAUCACGAGAUUUUCUGGCUGGCUUGGCAUUCAGAGUGUUUCACUCAACUCAGUAUAUUCGCCAUUGGUCCAAACCCAUGUAUACACCUGAGCCUGAUAUUUGUCAUGAGCUUUUAGGACAUGCACCCCUCUUUGCUGACCCAAGUUUUGCGCAGUUUUCACAAGAGAUCGGAUUGGCAUCCCUUGGGGCACCAGAUGCAUACAUUGAAAUGUUGGCUACGGUGUACUGGUUCACUGCUGAAUUUGGACUUUGCAAACAAGGUGAUAAAAUAAAGGCUUAUGGAGCUGGACUGUUGUCAUCAUUUGGAGAAUUACAGUAUUGUCUGACAGACAAACCAGAACUGAAACCAUUUGAACCCGAGAAGACAGCUUUGCAGAAAUAUCCAAUAACUGAGUUCCAGCCUGUUUAUUAUGUUGCUGAAAGUUUUGAAGAUGCCAAAGAAAAAGUGAGGAAAUUUGCUGCCACGAUUCCUCGCCCAUUCUCUGUGCGUUAUAAUCCAUACACACAAAGCAUUGAAGUGUUAGAUAAUGUACAGCAGCUGAAGAAUCUAGCUGACUGCAUUAACGGUGAAAUCGGGAUCCUGUGUUCUGCUCUUCGGAAGCUUGAGUGAAGACAAUCUCCACCGGCAACUGCCAUGAACUGAAGGAGCUGAAGAUAUUACUUCAAACAAAUGAUAUUAGUGAUAUGUCAAUAGGAUCAUACAUAUAUAACAAUAACAGAUCAUGAUGUUAAAUUGCAGUAUCAUGGUACAUUGCCAGAACUAAAGAAAUCAUAAAUUAUUAAGCUAUUGUCCAGAUAUUACUGCUUCUUACUUUUGGAACAUACAUUAUUUGCAGGAUUUACUGAAGCGAUAGAAAUCUUCCUGUGUAUUAGAUCAGAUGAAUCAAGUCAACAAACGUGAGGUUCAGUUAUUGCACUGAAUAAUCAAAGUACAUCAUUGGUGACUGACUUACUGUAUUGU